UCAUUUCAAUUUUAGGAUGCACUUGCUGAAUCAAUUAGUUUAACUCAUCGAGAAUAUUCUCAUGUUCAACAUACAAAUGAAUUAUUUGUUGGUGAAAAUCGUCCAGUUGAUAAAGAUGCACUUGCUGAAUCAAUUAGUUUAACUCAUCGAGAAUAUUCUCAUGUUCAACAUACAAAUGAAUUAUUUGUUGGUGAAAAUCGUCCAGUUGAUAAAGAUGAAGAACCUGAAUCGAUUCAUUUUACUGAUCGAGGAUAUUCUCAUGUUCAACAUGCAUACGAAUUUUUUUUUGGUGAAAAUCAUCCAGUUGAUAAAGAUGAAGAACCUCAAUCGAUUCGUUUAAGUCAUCGUGAAUUAUCUCAUGUUCAACAUGAACCUGAAUUAGUAAUUGAUGGAAAUGCUCGAGUAGAUAAAGAUGCACCACCUCAAUCAAUUGGUGGAGCUCAUCCACAUUUAUGUCAUCUUGAAGAUGAGAAUGAAUCAUUUAUUGAACGAAAUUGCCCAGAUGAUAAAGUAUUUCGAGAAGGAGAUUAUUCGGUGGAAUAUACAAAUCAAAUAUUCAUCCAUGCAAAUGGUGAAAUUAAUGAAGAUUUUUUUAAAUGGAAUGAAUCACGUACAUCAGCUGGUAUUAAACAAUAUAAUUCAUUCAAAGGAAUUAGACUUGCUAUUCGUGAACAGCAACUAGAUGGUUUUUGUCUGCCUAUUGUUGAAGAAGAAAAGUUUAAAGAAGAUUCUGCAUAUUGUCCAGUGGUUAUGAGUUAUUUACCGGAACGUCAAGGUUCUAUUCGAAAACAUUUAUCUCGUGCCGAAAUUCAAGAGGAAAUAGGUCGAAUGGUUAUGAAUAUAGUAGCUCCUGUUGGAUUUACUGAUGCUGAACCAAUGCUUCUUGUAGAUGGCUACGCGCAUAUGGAUAUCUUGUUUGAAAAAUUAAAUAAGGCAAAUCAAACUAUAUUUGAUUAUAUUCACCAUAAUCGUCAGCUCUAUUCGUAUGGUGCCCAUCUCAAAUAUUUAAUACAGUCGUAUUCCACUGCCUAUCAUCUAAAACCAGAGAAUUGGAGCCAUUACUCUGCUUAUUUAAAUGAUGAAGUUGUCUAUGGUGUUUGUGGCAUUCAACCUUUCUUUGCCAAUGAGUACGACCUGUCAACAGAACUUAAUCUACGUAAAGCUCUAUCACAUAAACGAAUACUUGGACUUGGUGAAAUUGGAUUGGAUUAUAUAAGUGCUCGUCGACCAUCUCCUGAAAUUCAACAACAAGUAUUUUUUCAACAAUUGCAAUUAGCUAAGGAAUUCGAUCUUCCUGUAGUGAUUAUUUCUCGUGGAUCCUUCCUUGAUACUUUGAAUAUACUAAUGAAAGUCUUAGAUUCUGACUAUAUGAUCAAUUGGCGCAAUUUCAUCUAUAGUAGCAUUGAACUUAACAUGGUAAUAUCAAAAUUUCCAAAUAUUCAUUUUGGAUGUUCACCUUAUCAUUUAACCAACAUCAAUCAACAAAAUAUCAUUCAUCAAAUCGAUAUUUCCAAAUUAAUACCAGAGAGUGUUUGUCCUCAUUUAAUCGUACCCGAAGUAGAUAUUAAUACACCAUAUUUUGAAUACAAGGAAAUUAUCUUUCUAUUUCUAGUGCCCCCACAUUUUCGAAACACAUCCCAUCUUUGUUAUUCGAAUUUAUCAACUGAUAUCAGAAAUUUUUCAAUUGCCUCUUCGUCAAGUAGAACAUCAACUAUUAAACAAUUUCAAAAACUUUUACAACGUCUAGCAUUCGUUUAUGUGAUAAAGCUUUUCUUAAAUUAAGUUCUGUCGACAGAUCUUAUUGAUUUGUAUAGAAUUGAUUAUGCCACAACAAAAUAUAAUUCUGCCUAUUUGAAGAGACCUAUAAAUUGCCUAUUGUUGCCUAUUGUUGUACCUAAUCUUGUUCUUUUUUUUGUUGGCUAUUCUUUAUGUCGUUUACUAAACGAUUACCUAAUGUGAAAAAUAAAAUGUAAAAUAUAAAUCAAGCAACCAAAAAUUUAAUCAUUUUAAAACGGAAAGACCUACGUAAAAGCAAAUAAGCUUCACAACGCAAACUGCAAAUUUGGAACUCAUACUACGCAUCCGAUUUUUCAGCACUCGACACAAGCACUCUUGCUGAUACCUCUACCUCCAAGGUAAUCUCUGUAGCAUCUAACGCCGUAUACUAUCUUGAGGGUGAGGGUGUGUAUCUUGAGGGAAAGAAAAUUGAAUGUGUAUAAUAUAUUUCAUUUAAGCAUGUAUGUUCGUUUAUCAAAUGAUUUAAUAUUAAAUCGAUGUUUUGAUUCAUUAAGAACAUCUUAUUCACAAACUUAUCCAAGAGAAGGAGAUGAACAUGACAGAAGUAAAACAAUGUUGAGUAUAGACGGUGAAACACUUAAUUUACAUAGUUGAACUGCUUGCGAAUCAGCUUACAGUUUUAGCUGACGCUGAUUCAGAUGAGAAUUCUGACAAAACAAUCGAGCUGCUUAAAUUGUAUCCGUUCAUGUAAUCUGUAUAAUUAAUUCUUUUUAAAUCUUCAUUUUACAACUUCUGCUGAGCAAAAUAGCUUUAAAUGAACUCAAAAAGUUCUAAAGAUAUCUAAUUCAAUAAAAAAAUCUAUUCGAACAUUAUUUGAUCUGAUAGAAAACAAAUUGUUUUUGCACUAUAAUCGUAUUAUUAAGCUGUAAACGUCAGUAUUAUCAAAUUCCGCUAACACGAAUUGAUAGUUCUUCACAUUACAUCGAUUGAGUUGAAUUGAAUUGCUUAUCUUUUUAAAAUUCCGUGAUUUGAGUUCACUCGAAUUCGUUAUUUCUUCCAAUUACAUGAAUUGAACUAAAAAGAAUUGAUCGUUUUUCAUAUUACAUCGAUUGAGUUGACUUCAAUCAGUUAUCUUUUUUAAAUUCUAUGAACUGAGUUCACUCGACUUCCCUAUUUCUUACAAUUCCAUGCAUUGAGUCAACUCUAAUUGAUAUCUUUCUAAUAUUAUCAGAAUUGAGCUAAUUCAAAUUGAUAGUUUUCUCGUAUACUCACUGUUAGUCUACUAAAGUUGUCAAAGAAAUAAGUAAAAAUAUUUUUCACCGGUUUUUUCUUUCAUCCAUAGGUGAAGCUGCUUGAAGCCGCUUCCCCUCCACGCGUUCAGGUUUAUUGAGAAAGCUAAUAUCUUGUAAGCCGACACAAGUCCAACUAUGGUGUAAAUAGCGCUAACUGAUAUUACUUUGAUUUUUAAACUGACAAUGAAGGUGUUUGUGUUGUUGAGCGAAAAGACUAUAUAUUUUUACAUCAAAAGAAAGCUCUCAUCGCCAAUAUAACAAGGUUAAAAUAUUAGCUGCUGUUGGCUACUCUAGAGGGAGAUAUUCAAUUUUUACCAUAUUCACCAUUUAGGUAUAUUUGAAUAUUAGGACCAUUUACAUCGAUUUUUUAUGCAAUCAAUUAAGUAUUUUACCAUUAGACUUUAAAGAUCUCAUUGAAAUUUAUUAAUAUAGCAUUGAGAUCAUAUUAGUUUUGAUGUCUUUUCGAGCUUAAGUAGUAUCGAA